AUUUGGUUUUCAAAGGGUAUCCACUGACACUAUUUGAAAAAAGAAUCGUUUUGCUUUUCUUCUAUGUAACGUGUAGUAUAAUAACCAGUCAUUUUCCAGCAAACAUCCAGCUGCCGUUUCUUCAUGGUCUCCCCAUGUUACUCAAGCUUUCUCUUCCUUCUCUGAUCUCUAUCCAUCCCUAAAUAUACUAAGCGAGUUUUUUUUCUGUUUUGUUUUUAUGUAAUUCAUUUGGUGAAACUAAGUACAGAGUCACCGACACUGACAAAUCUAAGCAAAUCUAAGUCCUUUCUCUCUCCCGUAGCUUUGCAACAUAUAUAGCUUCUGGCAGCAAAAAGCAGCGUGCCCAGAUCAAAUUGAAGUGUAAAGAAGCUAGCUUUGGAGCAUUUUGGAAGAUGGGGUCUUGAGUUUACAAAGGUACUAUUGUUUUUGUACUGUCUUCAUUCUUUUCGCCUUCUAGCAAAGAAGUUCCAAAAUUGUUAGAUAUUAGCGUGCUUUUAUUGGUAAAAUGAGGGACUUUCCUUCUUGUUUUGGUGAAAGUGGCGUUCAAGUAGCUGAUUCAUCUUCUUCAAGUACAACAAAAGCUGCUCAAAAUCUGGUCACUUGUGUCUAUCAAUGUAAAUUACAUGGCCGUUCUUGUUUAAUUACUGUUACUUGGACCAAGAAUCUCAUGGGUCAAGGUGUUGGUGUUGCAAUUGAUGAUUCAACAAGUCAGUGUCUUUGUAAGGUUGAUAUAAAGCCAUGGUUGUUCUCUAAAAGAAAAGGGUACAAGAAUUUAGAGGUAGCUUCUGAUAAGGUUAUUAUAUAUUGGGACUUGUCCAAUGCUAAAUUUGGUUCUGGGCCAGAACCUUUGGAGGGUUUCUAUUUGGCCAUUACAUUUAAUCAAGAAAUGGUGUUACUUCUUGGGGACAUGGCGAAGGAAGCGUACAAGAAAAUUGAAAGUGCUCCAGUGCACACUAAUGCAAUUUUUAUUGCUAGAAGAGAGCAUAUUUUUGGGAAGAAGUUUUAUGCUGCAAAAGCUCAGUUCUGUGACAAGGGUCAGAUGCAUGAUGUUACUAUUGAAUGUGAUACAAUUGAUCUUAAGGAUCCCUGUCUUGUGAUCCGCAUUGACAGUAAGAUGGUAAUGCAGGUUAAAAGACUGAAAUGGAAGUUCCGCGGCAAUUAUACUAUAUUGGUGGAUGGCCUCCCAGUUGAAGUGUUUUGGGAUGUUCAUAAUUGGCUAUUUGGAAAUUCUAUGGGUAAUGCAGUUUUCAUGUUCCAAACUUGCUUACCUGCAGAGAAAUUAUGGAAAAGCCAAUCCAGUACUCUUGAUCCCUCUGUACUGACCUGGUCGUGCUUGCAGAAAUUCAGAGACUGCCAAUUACAAGGGAUUUAGCCCAAACAGUGAUGUUUUAGAUUUUCUGUUAUAAACUAUCCAUGGGUGCUACCAAUAUGAUAUCUUUGUGGAGCACUGCAGUAAGAUUGUCCUCUGUGUACUCUCACGACAGCUUUUAAUAUUUGCGAGACCCAUGAACUUUUGUUGUAAAGAGAUGAGAUGCAAGUAAACUUGUUCUAAUUCCUAGAUUGCAGCAGGUAUGUACAUCUUUUACGUGGGAUAUGAGGCGAUUUAUGAGACAAUAAUUCCUUGCUCUGUUUGCAUGUGCGCAGCUCUACUUGCUUAUCAUUUUCUUUUUAUUUCUGGUUCCAGACUAGCUGUGUCAAACCAAUUUCAUAUGGUUCUGACAAGGAGAUGGCAAGCACUCCAUAUACAGUGAGUUAGCAUGUUACAGGCAUUUAAGACUCUGAACCUCACCCUUUUAUCUUGUAGAUCACAAAUUUGAGAUCAAAAUGUGGUUGAAAGAUGCAGGAUAGGUGAAUUUGAUGUAAAAGAAAAGGGCGAGAUUGAGAAUCUAAAAAACCAUGUUCUAAGUUACUGUAUAUGGAGCAAUGAACUUGUAGUGUGUCUACACAGUUGCCCUUCUGUGUGAAUGAUCACUGUUCAACAAUGAUGAUGCUGCUCUCAAUUCUCAAAUAUGAUACAGCACUAGUUGCCCUUCCAUAUGUGUGUCAUGUACUUGUUUUUCUGUCACAAAUGGAAACCCUAGCAGCUUUCUAGCUUUUUGAUUA